CUGUAAUAGAUUAUAAUGUCAACCUAGUUUCCAUUUUCAUAUUAAUUAAUCAUUCCACUAGCUGGACUUGACAUUCCGCAUAGGAUAAACAUCUAAAUAUUAUCAACUUGAUAUGUUAAUGUACGCAUUUCCAAUUUGAUUCACAUUUUCCUAAGUACCUACGCUCUAAUGAAACCGAUUUUUCCGACCAUGCUUAUCUACAUAAGCACUAUCAUGGGUUUGUGCCCUCCCAUCUACUUCAAGCAGCGAUUUGCUGCCAAAGUGUUGGAUAUAAUCUGGAUAUUAUUUUGGACUGGUGCUGUUAUAGCUACAUGCGUCAGCUUCCAAUAUACAAGAAUUGAGCAACCUUUUCUGGCAAUGAAGAUUUUAGAAAUAUGUAGUCACUUCUUUCAAUGCGCUCUUGCGAUUGUCGUUUCUGUGGCGGUGCUGAAGAAUGGAUGGAGAAUAAAACGACUGCUUAACGUUCUUCGUAAGAUCGAUUAUCAUGGAGGAAUGCCGAAAAAGUGUGAUUACGUAUCGCGAAAAAUCGUGGUUGUGUGGUUUUUUUUAUUGUUUGUGAAAAUGUUUUUCACCCGGGACAUGUUUGUGCAUAUGUGGAUUUUUGCAUGUGCUUACAUUUGCUUUUUGCGCAUCGACGUCCUUCUGGCUGCUGCAGUUCUGGUUUUAUAUCAGAUAAUUAUGAAAUACCACUGCUUAAAUCAGCAACUAAACUCCACUGAUAACAAUGAAGAGUUGAUUUUUUUGGCGUCUACUCAGAGGAAGUUUUUCUACAUUAUAGAUGAGAUUAAUCGCGUGUUUGGACCUGCAUUGUUUUGUUCCAUUUUGGUUGCAAUCUCGUUGAUUUUAAUCUAUUUAUCGUUAUUUAUUUUGGCUUUUACUGACCGAAUGGUCUUGGUAUGGAGUUCAAAUGUUUCCCUUUUGAUUGACAUAACUUAUCUAGAGAUUCAUGUUUGUGGAGUUAUACUGCUGGCAGACAAGCUUUCAUCAGAAAUAAAGAAAACCGUAGCAGUGUGUCAUCAGAAGUCUCAGAGAUGUGCUCUGAGUAGAGCUGAUGAAAUUCUAAGCGAUCGUUUUCUCGAAAUGGCUCAGCAAACGCAUCUGCGCCAAGUAGAGCUCAACGCAGCCGGGUUUUUCGUUCUAGACAAUUCCGCAUAUGUCUUUAUCAUUAGCACUAUUUGUACGUAUUUGACUGUGCUUUGUCAAACCACUUUCUUUGCUUAAGGACUUUGACUAUUUAAUUUUUUUUAUAUUCGACGAGGUAAGGAAAAGUCAGGAGUUUCAGCAAUUGGAUUUUAUUUAU